AUGUCGUCAGACUACACAUACGAUGAGCAGGGUCAAUUCUUCCCCUUCUUCAUCUUGACCUUGACCGGCCUGGUCACCCUCCCACUUACCUACAACCUCCUUCGACCAAGCAAAGAGCUGGAAAACACCGCCCCCCGCAUCAAGUCCGAUUUUAAGCCCGAACAUGCGGACCUUGUUGAUGCACAGAAGCGCAAGCGGUUGCGCAAAGAGCGCCGCAUUAAGCGCAUCAUCACAGUUAUUGUCGGGUAUAUUGUGAUGGCUUGGAUGGUUUAUCUCAUCCUCGUCACGGCCCGCACUGCUACAAAGUCAUACGAUCCAUAUGAUAUACUGGGCGUCUCAAGGAGCGCCGAUGAAAAAGCCAUCUCCCGUCACUACAAGCGUCUUUCCCUCGUGUACCACCCCGAUAAAAUCCGCCCAGACCCCGCCAAGAAUGAGACCAUUGAGAUGCUGAAUGACCGCUUCGUCGAACUGACCAAGGCUUACAAGGCGCUCACCGACGAAGAAAUUCGAAACAACUACCUCCAGUAUGGCCACCCCGACGGCAAGCAAAGCUUCAGCAUCGGCAUCGCACUUCCUAAGCUUAUUGUUAUGGACGGCAAUGGCAAAUACGUAUUGCUUGUUUAUGGUGCUCUUUUGGGAGUUCUCUUGCCAUACAUCGUUGGAAAAUGGUGGUAUGGAUCGCAGCGCUAUACCAAGGAACGCGUUCUUGUCGCUAGUGCAGGAAACAUUUUCCGCGAGUACAAGGAAGACAUUACGGAUAACAGUAUCAUUGGCGCUUUGGCUUCCGGUGAAGAGUUCAAGGAAAUCUUCAAGGGUGCUCAGGCCGAGGCUGGACUUGCUAAAUUGGAAAAGAAGGUUUUGGCCGAGGAAUCGUCCUUCUUGUCGGCAAAGGAUCGUGAAUCUUUGAAGAAGCUGGAUAGCGUUACCCGUCGGAAGGCUUUGGCUUUGCUUUGGGCUUACGUGGGUCGGGUUGAUUUGGGAGAUGCUUCUCUGAAUGCGGAGAAGUAUGAAGCUGCACCAGUUGCCCUCUCUCUCACUGAGGCAUUCACCGCCAUUGCUCUUGCGUUUGGCAACCUCCGACCGAUCAUUGGCGCUUUCAAGGCUUGCCAGAGCUUAAUCCAGGCUGUUCCUGCAAACUCCUCCCCGCUUCUGCAAUUGCCCAACUUCACUGAUGAGAUUGUCAAGGCUGUUGAGGGAGAUGGCGCCAAGGACCACUUCACAGUUCAGAGGUUCAUGAAACUUUCAGAGAGCGAGCGACGCAGCCGUGCUGUUGGACCUGGUCUUCUCACAGAAAAGCAAUACACGGACGCGAUCUCGGUUGCACAACAGCUACCUGCCUUGGAAGUCUCCAAGGCAUUCUUCAAGGUUAUGGGAGAGAAGGCCGUUACGCCUAGCAGUCUGGUACAGCUGGUUGUGAAGGCUCGCUUCAUUCCUCCAGGUUGCAAGAAUAUCCCCGCUGUCAACGAACUGGACUUGGAGGAUAUUGACCCGGAUGAGGAUGAUCUGGAUGCUCUGAUGGGCCGCAAGCCGGCUAAGAACCGCGCUACCAAGAUCGUUGAUGGCAAGAAUGUUGAGGUCAAGGUUGAAAAGGUCCAACCACCUCUCGCCCACGCACCUUAUCUCGCCCGCGACCACUCCCCCCGCUGGCACAUUUUCCUUGCCGAUGCCAAACAGGGCAAGAUGGCCGUUCCCCCAUUCACAUUCACCACAUUCGAUAAGCCGAUUCUCGACGAGGCCGGUCAGCCUACAUUCAACGUUCAGACCCUCAAGAUGCAGUUCCAGGCUCCUCCGCAAGUUGGUGACUUCACAUUCGUCAUGAAUAUGAUCUGCGACAGCUAUCUGGGUCUAGACACCAAGUUGGAGAUUACUCUGCGUGUCGAAGAUCCCGCCAAGGCUGCCGCCUUGGAAGAGGAGGACGACAUUAGUGAACCAGACGAGGGUAUGUUCCCACUUUCCAUAUCAUUUUCUUUGGGCUCCUUUGCUACACAGAUACUAACUAUUUUGACAGACUCCAUUGCGGGCCAGAUGCAAGCGCUGAAGACCGGCCAACCCCCGAAAAAGAAGGCCCGGAAGGCUUCCGAUUCCUCCAGCGAGGAGGAAAGUGACACUGAUGGCGAUGCUGGCGAUACCAGCGACACCAACACAGAUACGGAUGAUGAGGAUUGA